AUGCCUAAGUUUAUGAAUUUAUCGGUUUUCGUUCUACCUGUUUUAUGGGGUUUGGUGCUUGGUGCCUCUCAAAGUGUACAAAUUGGUGGACUCUUUCCAAGGGGUGCUGAUCAGGAGUACAGUGCAUUUCGGAUAGGAAUGGUUCAAUUCGGCACACCCGAAUUCAGAUUGACGCCCCAUAUUGACAAUCUGGAAGUAGCAAACAGUUUUGCCGUCACCAAUUGUUUCUGUUCCCAGUUCUCGAGAGGAGUUUACGCCAUCUUUGGAUUCUACGACAAGAAGUCGGUCAAUACGAUAACUUCGUUUUGCGGGACUCUCCAUGUUUCAUUUAUCACCCCGAGCUUCCCACUGGACGGAACUCAGCAGUUCAUCAUCCAGAUGAGGCCUGACAUCAAGGGACCCCUACUCAGCCUCAUCGAGUACUACAAGUGGGAUAAGUUUGCCUAUCUCUACGACAGUGAUAGAGGUCUGACCACACUGCAGGUGGUGCUGGACACGGCUGCAGAAAGGAAGUGGCAGGUGACCGCCAUCAAUGUGGGCAACCUGAAGGACGAGAGGAAAGACGAAGCCUACCGCUCCCUCUUCCAGGACCUGGAGAACAAGAAGGAGAGACGGGUAAUCCUGGACUGUGAACAGGACAAAGUCAAAGACAUUAUGGAACAGGUUAUCACCAUUGGCAGACAUGUGAAAGGCUACCACUACAUCAUUGCAAAUUUGGGUUUUGUGGAUGGGGACCUCUCCAAAAUCCAAUAUGGAGGAGCCAACGUCUCAGGUUUCCAGAUUGUGGAUUUCGAUGACCCGUUGGUUUCCAAAUUUGACCAGAGGUGGGAGGCUCUGGAGGAGAAGGAGUACCCUGGUGCCGACAGUAAGAUUAGGUACACGUCUGCGUUGACCUACGACGCGGUGCAGGUGAUGACGGAGGCCUUCCGCUACCUGCACAAGCAGCGCAUUGACAUCGCCAGAAAGGGCAACAACGGCGACUGUCUGGCUAACCCCGCCGUGCCCUGGGCGCAGGGAGUGGAGAUUGAACGAGCGCUCAAACAGGUUCGUGUGGACGGUCUCACAGGGAAUAUUCAGUUCGAUCAACAUGGCAAACGAGUAAACUACUCUGUUAAUAUCAUGGAGCUGAAGAAUAAUGGUCCUGUGAAGAUUGGAUAUUGGAACGAAGUUGACAAAAUGGCUGUCACAAAAUCAGACGUGUUUCCGAAUGACACAACAGGAAUGGAAAACAAAACUGUCAUUGUGACCACAAUCUUGGAAGCCCCAUAUGUAAUGCUCAAGAAGAAUGCUGACCUUUUUUUAGACAAUGAAAGAUACGAGGGCUAUUGUGUAGAUCUGGCUGCUGAGAUAGCCAAGCACUGCGGCUUCAAAUACCAGCUGAAAAUUGUGGGGGAUGGAAAAUAUGGCGCCCGAGACGCUGAGACCAAGAUCUGGAACGGAAUGGUGGGAGAGCUUGUCUAUGGGAAAGCCGAUAUAGCUGUGGCACCGUUGACCAUCACCCUCGUCCGAGAAGAAGUAAUAGACUUCUCCAAGCCCUUUAUGUCACUGGGUAUUUCCAUCAUGAUCAAGAAGCCCCAAAAGUCAAAACCUGGGGUCUUCUCCUUCCUGGACCCUCUGGCCUAUGAAAUCUGGAUGUGUAUCGUGUUUGCCUACAUUGGUGUGAGCGUUGUGCUCUUCCUGGUCAGUCGAUUCAGCCCAUAUGAGUGGCACACAGAGGAGUACGAGGAUGGCCAGAUCCAGACUAAUGAGUCUACCAACGAGUUUGGGAUAUUCAACAGUCUCUGGUUCUCCCUCGGCGCCUUCAUGAGACAGGGCUGUGACAUCUCGCCUAGAUCCCUCUCUGGGCGUAUUGUUGGUGGGGUAUGGUGGUUCUUCACUUUGAUCAUCAUCUCCUCCUACACGGCCAACCUGGCUGCUUUCCUCACUGUUGAGAGGAUGGUGUCGCCCAUAGAGAGUGCUGAGGAUCUGGCGAAGCAGACCGAGAUUGCCUAUGGAACACUGGACUCCGGCAGUACCAAGGAGUUUUUUAGGCGCUCCAAAAUUGCCCUAUUCGAUAAGAUGUGGACUUACAUGCGGAGCGCAGAGCCCUCUGUGUUCGUGAAAACCACAGCAGAGGGGGUGCUGCGGGUGCGCAAGUCCAAGGGCAAAUACGCCUAUCUGCUGGAGUCCACCAUGAAUGAGUACAUCGAGCAGCGGAAGCCUUGCGACACCAUGAAGGUUGGCGGCAACCUGGACUCCAAAGGCUAUGGGAUCGCCACGCCCAAAGGAUCCUCAUUAAGAAAUGCGGUUAACCUCGCAGUACUAAAACUGAAUGAGCAAGGCCUGUUGGACAAAUUGAAAAACAAAUGGUGGUACGACAAAGGAGAGUGCGGCAGCGGGGGAGGUGAUUCCAAGGAGAAGACGAGCGCCCUCAGUCUGAGCAAUGUGGCAGGGGUUUUCUACAUUCUGGUCGGCGGACUUGGUUUGGCCAUGCUGGUGGCCUUGAUUGAGUUCUGUUACAAGUCCCGAGCCGAGGCGAUACGAAUGAAGGUGACCUUCACGGACGCAAUGAGGAGCAAAGCGAGGCUGUCUAUAACGGGGAGUACUGGGGAGAAUGGCCGGGUGAUGACUCCAGAGUUUCCGAAAGCAGUGCAUGCGGUACCUUACGUGAGACCCGGCAUGGGAAUGAACGUCAGCUUGACAGAUCUCUCCUGA